AUGCGUCUACUCCCUGAGCCAGCGGUCGCCCAGAUCCUGCGACAGUUGACCCCUACACAAUGCCAUGACCUUCUUGACGCCCUCUGCGAGGGUCUUACGACUGUAUCUUCAGAGUCCUCCACACCCAGCCAUGAGCGACUCAUCCACCAACCGCUCCGCAGCACCAUCGUCACCAAAGACCACAAUCUUUCUCUCUUCAUGCCUGUGUCCAACACGGUGCACACCGGCUUCAAGGUUGUAACCGCCUCCCAGGCCAACGGCAUCAUCGGCGUCAUCAACAUCUUCUCCCCAGAAGGUAAACUGCAAGGUCUCCUCAGUGCUGCGGAGAUCACAGCCUUCCGCACCGCCUUGGCGGUGAUGUCGCUGUUCAUUCGCUGCACAACCAUCAAGAAAGAGCACAUCUUGAUCUUUGGCUCUGGACGCCAAGCGGAGUGGCAUGCUCGACUAGCCCUGCUGCUCGUUCCGGACCAGACUAAGAGAAUUACAUUCAUUAACCGCGGUCGCCGGCGACUGGAGGAGCUGGAGCGAGAUGCGAUCGCUGAUCUACGGGCUGCUCAUCCCGACAAGACCUUUGCUACGCUGGUCAAAGAAGAUACUCCAGAUUACGAGGAACAGCUACGGAAUGAAUUGGGUGCUUGCGAUGUGAUCUUCAGUUGUACGCCGGCGACCGAGCCAAACUUCCCGUACACCUAUCUCCAGCCGUCCAAGCAGCGGUUCAUCUCCCUUAUCGGCUCGUACAAGCCGCAUAUGCGAGAGAUUGACACUGAGACACUGCUGUCGGGCGGAGGGAAGGUCUACGUGGACUCGAAGGAGGCGUGUCUGGAAGAGUCGGGCGAGUUGAUUCUGGCGGAGGCGAAAGAGGAUCAAUUGGUUGAGAUUGGAGAGCUGUAUGGUCAGAUUGAUAAGGGUGAGACUGUUAAUGUGCCGGAGGGAUGUAAUGUGGUGUUCAAGUGCGUGGGGAUGGGAAUUAUGGAUUUGGUGGUCGGGAAUAAGCUGUUGGAAGUUGGACGGGCCAGAAACAUUGGUAUGGAAGUGGAUGGGUUUUAA